AUGUAUUUGAUUUCCCUGCCCACAGAAGCACUGAAGGAGGUGGCGGACAUUGCAGCUCAGCUCCAGAGCAGUUUGAUUCGACUGGAGAACUUCCAGAAGCUGACGGAGCUGCAACGAGACCUCAUCGGCAUCGAGAACCUGACCGCUCCUGGACGAGAGUUCAUCAGAGAGGGGUGUCUGUACAAGCUGACGAAGAAGGGGCUGCAGCAGAGAAUGUUCUUCCUGUUCUCCGAUAUGCUCCUCUACACAAGCAAGGGAGUUACUGCAACAAACCAAUUCAAAGUCCACGGCCAGCUGCCCCUCCACGGCAUGAUUAUUGAAGAAAGUGAAAACGAGUGGUCCGUCCCGCAUUGCUUCACCAUCUACUCCGCUCAGAGGACCAUCGUCGUGGCCGCCAGCUCUAAAGUAGAAAUGGGAAAAUGGAUUGAAGAUCUGAAUUUGGCAAUCGAAAUGGCCAAGAAAUCUCAGGAUAAAUCCAGCGUGUUCAUCGACCCGGUCAUUUGCGAUCGCUCCAACCGUUCGUCCGACGAGGUUUCUCUGGAGCAGGAGUCGGAGGAUGACAUGAACUCGUCCCGCACGUCUUUAGACAAGCAGACACACCACCGCUCUAACACCACCAUGCACGUCUGCUGGCACCGCAACACCAGCGUGUCCAUGACCGAUCACAGCCAGGCCGUGGAGCUUCCUCCUCGGUACCUUCUGGGUCAGGGCCAAAGACCCAACACCAUCACUCACGUUUGCUGGUACCGAAACCAGAACCUCUCUCUGUCUGAUUACCUGCGCAUGAACCAGAACCAGCUCUCGGGAUACCUGCUCCGGAAGUUCAAAAACAGCAACGGUUGGCAGAAACUCUGGGUUGUUUUCACCAACUUCUGCUUAUUCUUCUACAAAACCCAUCAGGACGACUUCCCGCUGGCCAGCCUCCCUCUGCUCGGCUACACGGUGAGCACCCCCGAUGAGUCCGACAGCAUCCACAAAGAAUACGUCUUCAAACUGCAGUUCAAGUCCCACGUGUACUUCUUCAGAGCCGAGAGCGAGUACACCUUCGAACGAUGGAUGGAGGUGAUAAAGAGCGCCGCCAGCACCGCGGGCCGCAUCACUCUGUUCAUCCCCAAAGGAGGCGCUCCGGUGGAAAUCAACGGGAACGGAUUCUGA